AUGUUCCCUCUCUGAACUUUUACUUGGCUUGGAUAUGCAACAGCAUUGAUAGCGCUCGCCUUCUCGGCUGCCAUUGGUAUCACAUUCCUGGUCCUGGGAUGCGCCUUGUUUCAGAACUGGUGGCCAAUGUUUGUGUUGUUUUUCUACUUCCUGUCCCCAGUUCCCACUGUGAUUGCCCGUCGAUUGUCCGGCAGUCUGGACUCCUCCAGCAGUGCCCUCAUUGAGCUGUGUAUUUUCCUUACUGUGGGAAUCGUCAUUUCUGCGAUAGGAUUACCAGUUGUCUUGGCCAGAACCUCUGUGAUCCAGUGGGGAGCCUGUGGACUGGUUCUCGCAGGAAACGUGGUCGUCUUUCUGACAAUCCUGGGAUAUUUCUUCGUGUUCGGCAAUGAAGACCUAGACUACUCCUCAUGGUGAUAAACUCGGAUCUGAUUUCUUUUCAGUAAUAAACGUAGACAAUGUGACCCAUUAAUGUGUGCAUGAUUGCAACGGUUAGGUGCUGCGAGAAUGAUUGUUGACAGUAGGCGUGAGAUUUAACCAGUGUAUUUUCUCUUACAGACUGGCUCCCAGUGUAA